UCUAAUUUUAACCAUUCUAUUCCUACCCACUUUUUGAACCCUGAGUCGCAGCCACACUCCGGAAACCACAAUACCCACACGCUCCAACCGCAAGCUUCAUGUGCGUCCCCUCACGGUGCUCGGGCGCUGCUGCCCUCAUCCCUCCCUCAUGCCACCAUCGACCACCGCUCGUCACGGAAGAGCUCUCGCUCACCGUCACCACGCCACCAAGCUUCCGCACACGGUGUCGCAGUUGAACGCAUCGAUGGCAACGUUGAACAGCCCGCAAGCUUCAGGUUUGCUCCCUUACGGUGCUCGCGCGCUGCUGCCCUCACCCCGCGUCCCCUCCCUCAUGCCACCGUCUGACGCCGGCCGUUGCGGAGGAACUUCCGGUCUCCGUCGCCACACCUCCAAUCUUCAGCAAGCUUCAGUCUAGUAGGGUUAUUACCGCCGUUAGGCGGCAGCAGAAUAUGCCCUUACAUGACCGGAUUAUACCGUAUCUGGAGACUGCGGGCUUGUAUCAUCUUGCUAGGCUAAACAGUCAGUGGUUAUGGGUUGAUGAGUCUCUCCUUAGCGCAUUUAUUGAGCGGUGGCGUCCGGAGACCCACACGUUCCAUAUGCCGUUUGGUGAGUGCACCAUUACUUUACAGGAUGUUGCGUAUUAGCUGGGUUUGCCGAUUGAUGGUGCACCCGUUAGUGGGUGCUUGACUGAGUUUGAGAAUCUGAUGGAACACGGUAGACCAGCAUGGGUGUGGUUUCGGGAGUUGUUCGGGGAGUUACCUCCACAGAGUAAAGUCAAGCAGAUGACAGUGUGCUACACAUGGUUUCACGAGAGGUUCCGGGUUCUCCCUGUAGAUGCUACUGAUGAGACCGUGCGUGUAUACGCACGUGCUUAUAUCCUGAUGUUGUUGUCGUCUCAGCUGUUUGCGGACAAGAAUGCAAACAGGGUACACCUUCGCUGGUUGCCUUAUUUGGCAUCAUUGGACGACUUGGGCAGAUAUAGCUGGGGCUCCGCUGCACUAGCCUGGUUGUAUAGGUGUCUUUGUCGUGGUACAAACAGGAACGUCGUUAACUUGGCUGGGCCGCUACAGCUACUACAGUCUUGGAUUUUCUGGAGGUUUCCCAGUCUGAGGCCCGCUGGUUUUGACCGGUUCCGGUUUCCUCUUGCUUCCAGGUGGGCCGAGUUUGUGCCGAGGAACGAUGCAGGGGCACAGAGAUUAGUUUCCGCACGCCUUGCACUGGAUCGACUGCGUAUCCACGAUUUUGUGUGGGAGUCUUAUUCUUCUGCUGAUGUUGUUGCUGUUAUUCAUCCGGAGAUACUAGCUGACGAGCACCGAUGGCUAUGGACGGCCGUGACUAGCCUGAUAUAUUUUGCUGCGAUCGAGUGGCACCAGGUGGAUAGGGUUCUACCCCAGUUCGGCGGUGUUCAGCAUCUCCCAGAUGUAGCUCUGAACAUAGAUUGGUUACAUGCGAAGGAUGGUAGGGGUGGGGACCGGUGGUUUCCUACAUAUUAUCAGGAGUGGCACCAGCUUUGGGAGAACAGGCAUCAGUCAGCCAUAUGGGUCGAUCGAGUCCUCGACCCUGGUCCAUCAGCAGAUUACCUAGAUUGGUGGUGCCGUGUGGCGCACAGGUUCCUAUCCCCAGAUGUAGCAUUUCAGGAUCCGAGGCCGGUUGUGUUGACUGAGGAGGCGCGUCACAGAGGGUCGUCCCAGGCACCUCCUAGAGUGCACGUUUAUGACAGACCAGAUAAUAGACGAGUCGAUCGGCGUCGCCGUAUAGGGACCCGGACCACCGAUCGCGAGUGGAGGGAGUUUGCUGACCGUUUGGAGCAGGACAUUCCUGGAGCUGAGGCUGCGGAUGCAGUGGACUACCGUGUUCCUCGACGUAGAGGCAGACGGCCACCUGCGCGGCCUGACCGUCGAGGUGCGCCUGAUGGAGGACCUUCCGAGCAGGGGGACGGCACUAGUCACGUGCCCGCUGAGGAUGUAGUUGGAUCAGCAUCAGGUAUGGGUCAGUCGAUGUUCGACGUGGGUUCUAGUUCUCAGUUGUUCGGGAACGUGAGCCCAUAUGGUUUUGCUGAGUUUACUACCGCGGCUGUGGGGAUGGAGAUUGCUGAUCCUGUUACUGAGUCCGAGUUCUACAGAAACAUAGCUGACAUGCUUAGGGAUGAUGAUGAUACCCAUUAUAGGCCACAGAUGCCUGAGGAGCAUGCCCAGUUUAGUGCCCAGCAGCCACGGAGUGACGAUGUUCAGCCUCAGUUAGCAGUUGACCUCAACGAGCCGGCAGUAUCGCCGUCUGACCCAUGGUUUGCGUCAGGAGGGACACCUGCCUCUGCUUUCAGCGCGGUUCCCGCACACCCCACAGCACCAGCGGCAGAUCACAGACCUAGGCGGGUGAGGCGUCCUCCUUUGUGUGGUACCGGAGGUCACUUGCUUAGCCAGUUCGACGAUGAUGACAGUGACACCAUUGAGGAUUCUGAUUAGUUAUGUUAUAUGUUCCUGUCCGGUAGGGACUUUGUUAGUUUAUGUAUUGAUCAGGCUAGUUAGUUUAUGUAUUGAGCAUGGUAGUUAGUUUAUGUAUUGGGCAUGCUAGUUAGUAUUUAUGGCUUUCAGACUUAUGUUAAAUAUUAUUUAUCUUUUGGCCGAGUAGUUUAACCGGCUUCAGAUUAUUUGAUGUGUUCCUGUAUGGUUUAUAUUAUAAUGCACAGUAUGAAAGAAGUCUAAAAUGGAUUAAUGAAACAGGUAAAAUAACAGGAGUUUAUUCAUCUGAAAUUUUUGUUUUGAUGAAACAUGCUCACAGUCACAUACUUAACCAACGAUACAUUACUAACAUUAUCUAGACCAUGAAACAACUGAUACAGCAUACAAGGGGGGUUACUCGACAUGAGAUCUACGCAUCCCCUCCACCACUUUGUCUUCGUUGGUGACAGUUCCUUCACGUAUGCCCAGGCUGAUGGUAUUGCCCACAACGCUUCGGCUGACUCUCUUGAGACUGAUCCAUACUUCCACGGAUCCUAGUUGCCUUCAGACGACCUUCCUUUGCACGCCGCAUAUUAGGGUCAGGAAUGAUGGUUGGCCCAGCAUAUGGAGGCCAUAGUCCUUUAGGGAUAGGUGGGAGAAACCCAUGCUUGUAAACGUUGAACACCUCACUCAUGCGAUACACUUCGUGAACGUAUGACGCCCAGUUAAGCCGGGAGUAGGCGCAACACGCAAUGGCGUGGCAACAAGGAUAAUGCAGCGCCUGGAAGUGGCCACAGUCGCAUCGGUGAUCUUUAAGGGAAACUCUAUAGCUACCAAGCGAGAACGUCCCCGUUGGUGUUGUCUCAGCGACGGUGUACUCGGACUGAUGCCUGUCGUAUAAUGUCACAGUGAAGCACCUAGAAUCUCUUAGGUUCCGAUCAAUAGCCUUGACCAAAGCCUGACAGAAUUCAUGGCCAGAUUCGAGUUGUGCCUCUGCUGUCUGUCCCCGUACCACAAAUAGCUGAGCAAGCCUCCCGUAUGUUGACUUAACCAACGAUGUAACCGGCAGGUUGCGAGUUCCCUUUAGCACGGAGUUGACACAUUCACUGAUGUUUGUGGUCAUGUGCCCGAACCGUCGACCAGCAUCGUCAUGUUGGGUCCAUUUGUCAUACUCCAUAUGGUUGGCCCAGUCACACAUUGCUGGAUUCUCAGUACGCAUGAUGUCGAACCAGUAGUAAAACUCUGCCUCAGUCUUGGCGUAGGCAGCAUUGACCAGCAACCGCCUUGAGUCCUUACCUUUGAACGUUAGGGCGAAAUUCGCAGCCACGUGCCUUAUACAGUAGGCCCGGAAAGCACGAGGAGGCAGCCAUCCAGUCUCAGGUGUCUCAAGCGCUGCCUUGAUCCCAUUAUGCCUGUCUGAGAUAACAAGGAUACCCUCCUGAUGAGUCACAUGCUCUCGGAGAUUGGACAAGAAGAAUGACCACGACUCUGUAUUUUCGCCCUCCACAAGGGCAAAUGCUAUCGGCAGGAUGUUGGAGUUCCCGUCCUGAGCUAUCGCCAACAGCAGCGUCCCUCCAUACUUCCCAUACAAGUGGGUACCAUCAAUACUGACGAGGGGCUUACAAUGCCGGAAUGCCUCGAUACACGCUGGAAAUGUCCAGAAAAGCCGGUGAAAGUACACCGCGGACUCAUCAACCCCACCACCAAUCUGAACAGGAGACGUCUUCAGCACCGUGAUUGUUCCCGGCAUUGUCGCCUGUAUCCCUAGCA